AUGCAUGCUCCGGCUUCUGCCGUCGCCGAGGCCUGUGGACAUGUUAUGGCGUUCGGAGAACCAUCGAUUCCGACUCCCAGCCUUCUGGAUAUCGGCAACCUGGAAGUGGUUGAAGCCGCGAUUAGUGACGUGGCGUUCGAUGUGCGCGAUAACGGCAAGCUGGCCCGAGGAAAAGUGGUCGAUAUGCUGGUUGACUCGGUCAGGAAUGGAUCUGGUACUACCACAACAACAACAAGAAGGAUCAGAACCAAAGGCGCUCAAUGA